AUGCCAUUUUUCAAGAAAAAGAAGGAGGAGGAAACGUCUGACCCGCCCAGUGUGCCCUCAUCAGACACGGACGAGGGAGAACGCGAAUGCGAAAUGACGGAGCAGCGAGAUGAUUGGGACCAAGCACAAUCAAAGCAACAAGACCCACAGGUGGAGGAGAUUGCCCCUGGCUUCACGAUUAAGGGCUCCGUGGCGCAGUUCAACGCGGGAUCCCUGCACGGCAGCUCCGCCAGCGUGCGCUUCGCCGUUCCCGUCUCGUGGCACAACUUGACGUACACGGCGGGAAAACGCAAGAUCCUCCGCGGCCUCACCGGCACGGCGCUGCCCUCCCGCUGCCUCGCCGUGAUAGGCUCCAGCGGCGCGGGGAAGACAACGUUCCUCAACGCCAUCUCCGACCGCCUCGCCUCCUCCCGCACACUUAAGAUACACGGAACCCGGCAGCUCGGUGAUGUGGAGUACCGCAGACGCUACCGCAAGAUCAUGGGCUUCGUCGCACAGGAUGACAUUCUCUCGCGGCUUGCAACACCGGAGGGAUCACUUCACUUCUCCCUCCGCGUACGACGUGGCACCUCGCGGGAGGAAACCAAACAGAGGGUUGAAGAAACACUUGAGGAACUCCGACUCACUCAUUGCCGCGACACGAUCGUUGGCGUCCCUGGACUCGUCGCUGGACUUUCGGGUGGCGAACGCAAGCGGUGCAACAUUGGUGUAGAGCUUAUCUGUGACCCAAAAAUUCUACUACUGGAUGAACCCACCUCCGGCUUGGACUCUGUGACAUCGGUAAAAAUUGUAAACCUAUUGAAUACUCUUGCUCGAACUGGACGAACAGUGAUCUACACCAUUCAUCAACCCACUGCCGAGACACUUCUGUACUUUGAUGAUAUUAUGCUGCUUACGCGAGGUCGGUGUGUGUACCAUGGCACUAUGGCAAAUUCUCUGGCAUAUUUUGAAUCUAUUGGAUACCCGUGUCCAGAGAGGUUUACACCAACAGAUUUCUACAUGACAUUACUUCAAGAUCCCGAUGUCUCAACGAUUCUCGUCAAAAAAUGGAAGAAGCAUCUAAAGUACGGCAAACAGACCCCACAUACAACUGCUGUGGAGUUAAGCUCUGAUCCAAAUAAUUCCCCCACAGCAAAACUUCUCGAUGAAUGCAUUGAAAAAUAUAAGAGUACUCCAUGGAUUCAGUUUUCAGAACUUUUUUUGCGGACUCUGGUGGAACUGAGUCGAGACCAUAUGUAUCUUUUUGCUAAUUUGGGACGCUCUCUCUUUUUUGGAGUAUUUCUGGGUCUUAUAUUCCUUAACCUUCACGAUGAUGUUGCAGGUAUUCAAGAUCGACAGGGUUUAUUUUUUAUGGUAUGUAUGAAUCGUGUUAUGGGACAAACCUUUGUUAUGCUGCACGCAUUUAAUGCAGAUAAACCCUUGUAUAUACGAGAACAACAGGUUGGUUCCUAUUCCCCUUUCUUGUACUUCUUAACAAAGACACUGGUGGAAUUUCCUGUGCGUGUGGUAUAUUGUUUUUUUGAAUGUGUCGUUCUGUAUUGGAUGGUGGGGUUUCACCGCUCUGCUGGCUCCUUCUUCUACUACUUUGGUGUUCUUGCACUGCUGACAGAAGUGGCGUCUGGUCUUGGAUUUGCCAUUGGAUCAUCAAUAUCAAACCCGGUUGCUGCUGCUGGAAUCUCGCCAGUGAUUUUAAUUCCUCUUGCCCUUGCAGGAGGUCUCAUGGCAAAUACUGAUCGACUUCGGCCCUAUUGGUAUUGGAUUGAAAAACCUUCUUUUAUUCGUCAAGCAUACAUACUUCUUAUGCGUAAUGAGUUGAAACACCUUACUUACAUUCGAUGUGAUCCCAGUGGCAAUGGUGCUGAAUAUUGCGCAAAUCAACCCAAAAAUGGCGAGGAAGUGUUACAUCAACUUGGAUUUGAAGAAACUCAAUCAUCUGAUUGGGCCAUGUGGGUCUCUUUGGCUGUUUUGUAUUUCCUCUUUCGUAUCAUCGUCGUCAUUGCCCUCUCUAUCGCUGCACGAUCGAAGUUCUAG